AUGCCAAAUGCUGCUGUCGGACUCGUGGUUCUUCCUGGCUGGGAGCGAGCUAGAGACCCAGCAGUGGAUGGUGGAACGGUCUUGACGCAGAUUGAGUGGUUCAGCGUUCUUGUGCGGCAGUUCGAAAAUGGGAUCUGGGAACGUGGUCCUGGAAAGCGGUUGACGCGCCGAUGGUGA